ACGGGGAUACCAAAAGAUGUUUCAUUGGACCUUGAAUUGGAGGACAGUAUGCAUUCAUACAAGAAGGUGGUCGCACAAAAGAAGAGCAAAGGGAUAAUGUCCAUGGAAGAAGGUCGAACUGCUAUCAACAUGCAGCAGUAUCGAAUGUUGUGCAACUUUGUGAGACAUAUCAAACCUCGCAGGGGAAGCACAGAACCCGGGGACUCAUGGCUUUUCGGUUGGCUAUGCACCAACCUCAUGUGGAACCUGGUAUGUCGGAGUGAAUCACUGGACAUCCUUCAUUUGGAACACCUGUCGUGGGAAGAAGACGCCAUGAAAGUAGUGUUGCUUCGAACUAAAACGGACCAAGCAGGCAUAGGCACGGAUUUGAAGAGCACUCGUGUGAAACAUGUUUUUGCGGCUCCGCACAGCCCUGAAAUUUGCCCGAUCCUCAUUCUUGGGCUUUACACCUUUGCAUGCAGGGGGAUUUGCUUGUCAGAGCAAGGCAGCAAAUUGUUUAUUGGGAGGGACCAACGACAUCGAUUUCAACAGCUUUUGCAAAGGAAAGGGUGGUAUUUCCCACCUUCUAGGGAUGCUGGAUGGCCCAGGUUUGAUGUUUUAUCAAUCUGGAAUGACUGCUGAUUUUAACAUGUUCAGGAGCACCCACAGUGUACAUAAGAGCCAACUGGAAGAUAGGAGAUACACAGGAUCGAUACAUUCUUGGUGGGACGGGAGGAGAUCAGUUCGCGGGAAGAAUACUGGCAGGGAACGAUAGCACCACGGCCAAUUUUGGGGUUUUGCCUCCGCAUUUCACACAGGAAGGGUUGAGACAGGUGAAAGAGAUAGGGUGGGAGCGUUUUGUCGAUGGAUACGAGCAAUUCCCGAACGGUUUUAAGAAAUGUACCGAAUUCUUCCUUGCGAGCAUUCUGUAUCAUCUCCCUACCUUACAAGGAUGGUAUCCUGACAAUGAUCAUUUCAUAUGGGGCAUGCCUAUGUUUGGUAUAUUUGGUGCGGACACGAUGAGAAGACUCAUGUUGCUUCGAAAAGAGGUUGUCGUACCCGUGCACAGAUGUACAGAAUGUGGGAUGACCGCCAGUGGAACCCCGUCCAAGACUGACAUCUUGAGAGAACUGGGAGAAAUCAGGCAGGAGAUUAGGGCGCAUUUCACCGGUUCAGCACUUCCAUUCACAGUCGUUCGAAGCACAGAAGGAGGCGAGACGGUGGCAGGGCAGGCACAGGAAUUAUUCUUGUCAAACAGCAGCAAUGCUACAACUUCCAGUGGACAGUGCAGUGCAACUAACAGACCAAUGAUGCAGGGAAUUGAGACAGAUGCAGGCAUGGGCAGUGGUGGUGUAUUCGGCCAAUUGAUGGCGGGAUUCCAAGGUAUCGUCAAGAAGAUGGCGGAAUUCGAAG